GUUGUGCUGUGUGUGUAGUUAUCAUAUUGUAUAGGGGCUUCUUUGCUUAUUUCCCUUCAUGUAUAUGUGCUGGCCUGUUGGCCCGAUGGAAUAUAGGCUCACUUCAUAACAUGGUAUAAGAGCUAGGGUUAGGUUCCCCAGCCGCCGCCGCCGCCUCUGGUCGCCGCCGCCGGCCGCCGCUCCUCUCUUCAUCGAGCCUCUCCCCUCUUCUUCCUGGUAGCUGCUGCCGCCUGCUGGUCCAGGCCGCCGCCGUUCCAGGCCGCUGCUGCCGCCGUCCUUCCCGGCCGGCGCCGCCGCCUCAACGUGCUGCUGCUGCUCUUCAACGAGCUGCUGCUGCUGCUGCUCCUCUUCUCUGCUGCUGCUGCUCUUCUUCAACGAGCUGCUGCUGCUGCUCUUCUUCAACGAGCUGCUGCUGCUGCUCUUCAAAGUGCGGCUGCUGCUGCUCUUCUCCUCCUGGUCUGCUGCUGCCAUCAAGCUGUGCCUCCUGCUGCUGCUGGUCUUCAACGAGCUGCUGUUGCUGCUCUGCUGCAAUGGCGCCCUCCACCACCACCGGUGCUGUCCCAGUCCCACGAUGUCCUGUUAUCUUCAACGGACAGAACUACAGGGACUGGGUGCAGCACAUGAAGCUGCACAUGAGGGGCCAGCUGGUCUGGGAGCACCUCUCUGGUGCUCUGCCUUGUCCCCUGCUGCCCACUCCUCCAGCUGAGUUGGCCUUCCCUGUUGAUGCCGAUGAAACCAAGCAACGUGAGAUGCUAGAUGCUUUUGAAGAGGCCACUGAAGAGUAUCAGAAUCAACUCCACUUAUACAAGCAAUGGACAAAUGAUGAUGCUCGAGCCUCUUCUAUCUUGGUGAACAGCAUGGAUGUUGAUCUCACCAUGGAUGUGGUGGCCCUUACCACUGCAUAUCAGAUGUGGGAGCACCUUCGCCAUCGCUAUGAGUCUACAGGGGAUGCCAUGUAUCUCUCUGUUGUUCGCCAAGAGCAACAACUACAACAGGGAGAUGCUACUGUGGAUGAUUUCUACAAGGAGAUGUCGGCGGUGUGGCGCCAAUUGGACUCUCUGGGAGCUGAUGUUUGUCGCAGAUGUCAGUGUUGUGUGCGGCAACAAGCUAAGCUGGAGGUUCGUCGCCUCUACGACUUCCUCACUCGCCUCCGGCCGGAGUUCGAGCAGAGUCGUGCUCAGCUAUUGGCACGCCAUCCUCGGCUCUCUACUCUGGAGGCCCUUGCUGAGGUGCGAUCUGAGGAGGUGCGCCUACGGAGCACGGGCUUAUUGCCAUCCUCUUCAGCAGUCCUGGCUGCCCGCGUUCCACCACCGCUGCCUGGUGUGCCCUCUUCUACACAGGUGGCAGCAACCUCCACUAGUGCUUUCUACAACUACUGCAAGCAGGAUGGUCACAUGAUCACGGAGUGCAUCAAGAGGAGGAAACAGGGUCGCCGCGGUGGCCGUCCUCAAAAGGACUCGGGAGGCUCCUCUAAUUUUCGUGAGGGCUCCCUUGAGAAGGUUCACCAGGAGAUGCUCACCUUGCUGCGCCGCCUUACUGCUUCUGCACCAUCCUCAGGUUCUGCUGGUUCUGCUGGUCAGACGUCUGGUCCACCACCGCACUCUUCGUCAGGAUCGUCGUACGGGGACUCUGGUUGGGAUCGGUCCUCGGCGCCAUGACUCUCAUCGCCUUUGGGAGCUCGAUUGGCCGCGCCUUCCUUCCGCUGCGUCCUCUAGCCAGUUGGACAUCACCACCCCUUUUGCUUCAGCUGCCACCUCCACCACAUCCUUCGCUCAGUGGCAUCAUCGAUUGGGUCACAUUUGUGGCUCCCGCUUGUCUUCUUUGGUUAGGAGUGGUGUUCUAGGGUCUGUAUCUGGUGAUAGUUCACUAACUUGUAUGGGUUGUAAGCUUGGCAAGCAGAUACAACUUCCAUAU